AGAGACAGAGACAGAGAGAGAGACAGAGAGAGACAGAGACAGAGAGAGAGUCACAGACAGAGAGAGAGAGAGACAGAGACAGAGAGACAGAGACGAACACGAUCCUCACGUGCACGUGGCCUCGGCGAGUUGGCAGCCUGAGUUUCAUCAAUCGAAAGCUCCUGAAGGCGGCCUGUGGUGCUCUCGGUCCCUCCUCAACCUCCUCAACCUCCUCCUCUGCUCCUCGUUUCCUGGCCGGGGCCUGGCACCGACGAUGAACCCAGCGUUGGCGCCAUCGGACGAGGCGAGCCCGAGUGGCUGAAGGGCAUCACCCGCUCGCUGGAGGCGGCGUCCCCACGUGUCUGGGCGAGCACUCGAGGGGACGAUGGCUACCCAGGUGGUGUGCGGGUUGGCCUUCAGACUCCUCCUGCCCGCCUGCCUCGCCGGAGCGGUGGUGCUGAGGUACAACGCCUUCUCCCUCUUCUACCUGCUGUGCCUCCUGCUCCUGCCGCUCUUCUCAGAACCCACGGUGCAGACGUUACGCGGCAGCACUGGCCGGCUGAUCAAGACUCUCUGUGUCGCGAGCUUCCUCUUCCUCUGCAGCCACUUCUGCUACCAGCUCACCCUGGUGGUGUUGCUGAGGAGGGAUUCAGCCACCACCACCACCGCCAACACCACCAGCAACACCACCAACACCACCACCACCACCAACAUCACCACCGCCGGCACCAGCGGCGAUGGCUUCAACUGUACUCAAUGGGAGAGGAUUGCACGCCACAUCGGACUGCAGAGCGUGCACGCGGCCGACUGGGGCAGCGUGGUUCGCCUCUUCCUGCCCGACUUCGGCGUCUUCGCCGCCAGCCUGGCCGCCCUCGUGCUGUGCCACGGCCUCUCCCGGGAGGCCCAGGGAGGCCCAGCGGCCUCGGGGGCCCGCGGGAAGCGGGCGGCCAAUGGUGAAGGCGGCGCCAACGGCAAUCCCAGCGACGACGAUGACGAUGAUGAUGACGAUGACGAGCGGCGGCGGCGGCAGCGGCCGGCUCGGAACGGGCAUCCCAGAGAAACGUCGCUGUCGGAGCGUCGGAACGAAGUCGAUGACGACGAAGACAACCACCUCGUCACGGAGGACGACGACGAGGAUGAGGAGGAUGAUGAGGAUGAGACGGAGGGGGCGGGCGAAGCGGCAACGCCCGGCCGCGCCCGCCUGUUCACCAAGAUGGCCGCGGCGGCGUCGCGCAUCAAGGAGUUUGUUGGCGACGUCAUCACGACGGGCGGCCAGGUGGUGGCCACCGUCUUGCUGGGGCUCGCCGGGGUCUCGCUGCCGUCGCUCACCUCUGUGGUGUACUUCGCUGCCUUCCUCGGCCUGGGCUCGUGGUGGGCCUGCUGCCGCCACUUCUCCCAGCGCGCCCUCCACGUCCUCAACGUGGGCCUGGCGCUGUUCAGCGCCGCUCACCUGCUGGCGCUCUACAUCUACCAGAUGCAGCAGGCGCAGGAGACGCUGCCGCCACACCACCUGGGCGCCAGGCUGCUGGGCCUCAAGGCGGUGGUGAGGCCUCAGUGCAGCAGCGCCUGGGAGCUCAACCUGGACCGGGACCUCCACUGGGUGGCGUAUGUCAACCCGGCCCUCGUGCUGCUACUCUACUUCACCCUCGCCACGCUCACCCGCCUGUGGCUGCACGACUCGCACACCGCGCGGGUCACCAUGUGGCCUCGAGCCAUCCCGUCGGAGGAGGAGCUCAUGCUGGAGGAGUUUGCAGCGGCGGCGAGACUCCGCGAGAGGCACGGGGACACCCAGGAGGGGAGACACGGAGGGGACGCCCAGGAGGGGAGACACGGCGGGGACGCCCAGGAGGGGAGACACGGCGGGGACGCCCAGGAGGGGAGACGCGGGGACGUCCAGGAGGCCUACACGUCCGUGGACGAGACGAAGCCACUCUAUGACUCCCGAGAGCACCUCGUCACCAUCGUCAACGUUGACAACCCCCUGUAUCAGCCGGCCAACGGUAACCAGGGCAACCACGUCGCCGCCGUCGCCCAUGGCAACAGCGAUGGGGGGCGAGGGGGCGAGGAGCUGUCCAGCCGGACAGCGGAUCCCUUCCCUGAGACUCACCCCCUGAUCCACCCUCCACCACAGAAGGCGAAGGGGACCGUGGAGCGGCUGAAGCAUCACCUAGUGGCCGUGGCCAAGUUCGUGAUGAAGCAGAGUUAUGUUUGUGCCCUCAUCGCUAUGAUGGCGUGGAGCAUCACGGACCACAGCUGGCUGACUUUCGUCCUGCUCAUCUGGUCGUGCGUGCUGUGGAUGAUGCGCGACCGCCGUCGCCACGCCAUGCGUAGUUCACCGGUGCUGGUGGCGUACGCCACAACGCUCUGCACCCUGCGCUACGUUUGGUCUCUGGAGCUGCGGCCGGACGAACUGCCGGCCUACCACGGAGUGCUGCGACUAUGCUCUCCGGCAGCGUCUCACAACAACUGCACCUUCAUGGGCAGCAUGCUGCUCUACACGCUGACGUUCUGGGUGCUCUUGCGCCAGUUCAUCACGGAGCGGCGUGCCGAGCGCAAGAACGAGCUCAUGGUGCAGACGGGCAUGGCCGCAGCGGAGGAAGCAGAGCUGAAGGGCGAGAAGGAGAGCGUGGUGGUGCGGAUGAUCGGCGGCAUGGUGAUGGGCGUCUUCAUCAAGUACUGGAUCUACGUGUGCGGGGGGAUGUUCUUCUUCGUGAGCCUCGAGGGACGUAUGGUGGUCUACAAGAUUAUCUACAUGGUGCUGUUCCUCUCCUGCGUGGCGCUCUACCAGGUGUACUACUCCCUGUGGCGCCGCGUGCUCAAGUGGUUCUGGGUGGUGGUGGUGUCCUACACCAUGAUGGUACUCAUCGCUAUCUACACCUUCCAGUUCGACGAUCUACCCCCGCUGUGGAUGAGCAUGACGCGCCUCAAUAUUGACCAGCUCAAGGACCUGGGCCUGGAGAAGUUCACGACGGCCAACCUCUUCACGCGCAUCCUCCUGCCCACCGCCUUCCUGCUGUGCUGCAUCCUGCAGCUGCACUACUUCCACGACCGCUUCCUGCAGCUCACCGACCUCAACCGCGUGUGGCGCAACGAGGAGAGCGUCGCCUACAGGAUGGCGACGGACGAGGGCAGCCUGCCCGACCUCAGCCUCAUCCCCGACAAGGGCAGCGGCACCCCGGGGCCAGGGGUCACCGAGGUCACGCCGGGGGAGCGCACGGCGGAGCCACGGCACCACGGCGACGAGGAGGAGGAGGAGGACGACGAGGAGGAGGAGGAGGAGGACGAAGAGGCCAACAAGUGGCGUCUGGUUCUCGACCGCCUCUCCGUGCUGCUGCUGCGCUCCAUGGAGCUGCUGAGGUGGGCCCAGGGCCUCGCCUGGAGGCUCCUGGAGCUGCACAUCAUAAAGUUGGCCUCCUUCUACACCGUGUGGGUGGCGCUGCGCGAGGUGUCGCUGCUUAACUACGCCCUGCUCAUCGCGUGGGGCUUCGCGUUGCCCUUCCCGCGGGUGCGGCGCGCCGCGUCGGCCACGUGCGCUGUGUGGGUGAGCGUCGUGGUCGUGGGCAAGAUGCUGUACCAGCUGCACAUAGUCAACUCGGCCACCUUCAGCACCAACUGCACCGUGAGUGGCGGUGGCUGCCUGGGUCUGUCUGUGUGGGUGAGCGUCGUGGGCAAGAUGCUGUACCAGCUGCACAUAGUCAACUCGGCCACCUUCAGCACCAACUGCACCCUGGGUGGGUCUGUGAUGGUAGCUGGGUCUGUGACGGUAGCUGUGUGGGUGAGCGUCGUGGUCGUGGGCAAGAUGCUGUACCAGCUGCACAUAGUCAACUCGGCCACCUUCAGCACCAACUGCACCGUGAGUGGCGGUGGCUGCCUGGCUGUGUGGGUGAGCGUCGUGGUCGUGGGCAAGAUGCUGUACCAGCUGCACAUAGUCAACUCGGCCACCUUCAGCACCAACUGCACCCUGGGUGGGUCUGUGAUGGUAGCUGGGUCUGUGACGGUAGCUGUGUGGGUGAGCGUCGUGGUCGUGGGCAAGAUGCUGUACCAGCUGCACAUAGUCAACUCGGCCACCUUCAGCACCAACUGCACCCUGGCUGGGUCUGUGGCGGUAGCUGGGUCUGUGACGGUAGCUGUGUGGGUGAGCGUCGUGGUCGUGGGCAAGAUGCUGUACCAGCUGCACAUAGUCAACUCGGCCACCUUCAGCACCAACUGCACCGUUCCCGUGGGGAUGAGUGAGGAGGAUCGCCGUGGCUCGCUGCUCUACCGGGGCCCCGUCGAUCCGGCCAACUGGGUGGGCCUUCGCAAGGCCGACAACAUCGCCCUAUACAUACGGGACCACCUGAUGAUCCUGGCCGUGCUGGUGCUGGAGGCGACUGUGUACCGGCGCCAGGCCUACUGCCGGGCGGCGAGCGGCGAGGCCGCGCCGCCCACGGGCGCCAUCUUCCCCGGGGUGACGCGUGGCCACAUGGACCGCAGCGUGGCGCUCUGCCUCAAGUACUUCCUCAACUACUUCUUCUACAAGUUCGGCCUCGAGGUGUGCUUCCUGAUGACCAUCAACGCCAUCGGGCAGCGGAUGGACCUCUACGCGAUGCUGCACGGUUUCUGGCUGGUGGCCAUCGUCUUCCGGCGCAAGCGAGCGGCAGUCGCCCUCCUCUGGCCCCGCUUCUGCCUCUACUUGGCGUGCAGCUUCACCUUCCAGUACCUGCUGUGCAUCGGGCUGCCGCCCGUCCUCUGCCACGACUACCCGUGGAAGAGCGCCGGAUUCAACCCCAACCUGGUCAAGUGGCUCUUCCUGCCGGACUUCCGCACGCGGCCCACCUCCACCAUGCUCAUCUACGACUUUGCGCUGCUGCUGUGCUGCUCCCUGCAGCUGCGAGUCUUCCAGGAGGAGCGGCUGCCCGCCGUGCGGCAGCUCGCCGGCGACAACGCCGAGCUCCACCUCGUGGACGCCGGCGCCGCGGCGAGCUCGCACGCAGCGCCGGCGCCGCCGCCGAACCCCGUGCCCAACUUCCUCUACUGCCGGUCGUACCUGGACAUGCUGAAGGUCAUCUUCUUCAGCUACCUCUUCUGGAUCAGCCUAACGGUGAUCUUCGUCACGGGCACCACGCGCGUCAGCCUCUUCUGCCUGGGCUACCUCCUCGCCUGCUUCUACUUCCUGCUCUUUGGAGGGCGCCUCCUCCUCAAGCCUCUGAGCCAGCUACUCCGACUCUGGGACUAUCUCAUCGCCUACAACAUCUUCGUCAUCGUCAUGAAGAACGUCUUCUCCAUUGCUGCGUGCGCAUUCUUGUCGGACCUCUACAGGAAGGGCUGCUGGCUGAUCCAGCUCUUCAGCCUCGUGUGCACCAUCAAGGGCUACAGCGGUGUGGAGGGCCGUCACGAGGAGCCCAAGUGCGAGUUGCCGCGUGACGAGGCCGGCAUCACCUGGGACUCGGUGUGUUGUGUCUUCCUGCUGCUGCAGCGCCGCGUCUUCCUCAGCCACUACUUCAGCCACGUGGUGGCCGACCUCAGUGCCUCCACGGUGCUCGCCUCCAGGGGUGCUGAGUUAUUCCGUGCCGGCAUCGUGAAGGCGAUGAGGGCACGGAUGGAUACGGAGCGCAAGUCCAUGCAGCAGCUCAAGAGGCAGAUGGAGCGGAUCAAGGCUCGCCAGGAGAAGUACAAGAGCAGCAAGCGCGCCAGCGUCGACCUCGACCGCAGGGGCUCUGACGAGCCCCCAGCGCCGGACAUGAAGAAGAGGUGGUGGGCACGCUGGUCUGACCACGCGUCGAUGACGAGGAGUGGAGAUUAUUACCUCUUCGAGUCGGACAGCGAAGACGAAGAGGAGGAGGAGGUGGUGGAGGACAGGGAGCCUCCCAAGAAGAGCGCAUUCCAGGUGUGGAGACGCGGGGAGCGCCGGCCACAACCACCUGGAAAAACACCACCCAUACCGUGCUGGCUCGGCUCGGAUGUGGGCAGUGGAAAAACACCACCCAUACCGUGCUGGCUCGGCUCGGAUGUGGGCAGUGGAAAAACACCACCCAUACCGUGCUGGCUCGGCUCGGAUGUGGGCAGUGGAAAAAUACCACCCAUAGCGCGCUGGCUCGGCACGGAUGUGGGCAGUGGAAAAACACCACCUAUAGCGUGCUGGCUCGGCUCGGAUGUGGCAGUGUGGAAAAACACCAACCCGUACCGCGCCGGCCCCGGCCUCGGCUCGGCUCGGCAGUGGAAAAACACCAACCCGUACCGCGCCGGCCCCGGCCUCGGCUCGGCUCGGCAGUGGAAAAACACCAACCCGUACCGCGCCGGCCCCGGCCUCGGCUCGGCAGUGGAAAAACACCAACCCAAGUUGGUGCGCCGGGCGGGCUCGGCGCUGCUGGCACUGCCCCGCACCCUCCUUAGGUUGCCCAGAACUUUGCUGCGCUCGUGCGCGCGGGCGGCGAAGAAACACUCGGCAGCGGCGGACAUUGCGUCGACGCUGUCCGAGGACCAGGUGCCCCAGGCCUUCCUCGUCAUGCUCCUCAUCCAGUUCGGCACCAUGGUGGUGGACCGGGCCCUGUACCUGCGCAAGUCUGUGCUGGGCAAGGUGGUGUUCCAGGUGGUGCUCGUCUUCGGCAUCCACGUCUGGAUGUUCUUCAUCCUGCCGGAGGUCACCGAGAGGAAGUUCAGUGACAACAUCGUGGCCCAGCUGUGGUACUUUGUGAAGUGCGUCUACUUCGGCCUCUCGGCCUACCAGAUCCGCUGUGGCUACCCCACGCGCAUCCUGGGAAACUUCCUCACCAAGAGCUACAAUUACCUGAACCUCUUUCUCUUCCAGGGAUUCCGCCUGGUGCCGUUCCUCAUUGAGCUGCGCGCUGUCAUGGACUGGGUGUGGACCGACACUACGCUCAGCCUCUCCAACUGGAUGUGCGUGGAGGACAUCUAUGCCAACAUCUUCAUCCUCAAGUGCUGGCGCGAGUCGGAGAAGAGGUACCCACAGCCCAAGGGACAGAAGAAGAAGAAAGUGGUCAAGUACGGCAUGGGCGGCAUGAUCGUGGUGCUGCUCAUCUGCAUCGUGUGGUUCCCGCUGCUCUUCAUGUCGUUGCUCAAGUCGGUGGCAGGCCAGGCCAACACGCCCAUCGACGUCACCAUCACCAUCACGCUGGGGCGCUACCAGCCGCUGUUCACGAUGAGUGCCCAGCACCCCGAGCUGCUCGUGCUGCAGGAAGAUGAAUAUGAAGCCCUCAAAGCCAAGCAUGGCACCAGUGGGUCGGCGCUCCAGUUCAUGUCCAUGUACGAGCACCGGGACGUGACACGCGCCCAGAUCAAGGGCAACUCGGGCUCCGUGUGGAGCGUCAGCCCGCCCAGCCGCGCCGACAUGAUCACCGAGCUGCGCGACGGCACCACGGACAUCGCCCUGCGCUUCGCCUGGACGCUGCAGCGGAACCUGAGCAUGGGCGGCAAGGCGGAGUUCGCGAUGGAGAAACACGUGGUGAUGCUCGAGAGAAACGCCGAGCCCCGGGUGCGUCUCGCGGACAUGUUGGAGCACAGGCACGCCAACAACCACUCCGUGUGCAUCAGCAAGGUGUUCCCCAGAUACAUCCGAGGGAUGAGCGGCCCUACCGCCUCGCCUGUGGAGGAGAUGUCCACAGAGGGAGACCCUAGUGACCUCUUCUCCAACGUGAUGCUGCACCUCAAGCGGAGUGCAGAGAGCUCAGGCCAGGCGCAGGAGUGGUGGAGCAUCAGAGAGACGAGCGGCUGCGAUGACACGGAGGGUGCCGUUGUGACCAGCGACGACCUCACCAUCGUCGUCUUCAGCGACGAAGUCAGCCCUCCCAGCCUCAGCUUCCUCGCUGGAUACGGGAUCCUGGGCCUGUACGCGUCGGUUGUGCUGGUGAUCGGCAAAUUCGUGCGCGAGUUCUUCAGCGGCAUCUCGCACUCCAUCAUGUUCGAGGAGCUGCCCAACGUCGACCGCAUCCUAAAGCUGUGCACGGACAUCUUCCUGGUGCGCGAGACGCUGGAGCUCGAACUGGAGGAGGACCUCUUCGCAAAGUUGAUCUUCCUCUACCGCUCGCCCGAGACCGUCAUCAAGUGGACGCGCGAGAAGAACAACGACUAGCAGCGGCGACGGUGACGGCGGCGGAGGUUGCGGCGGUGGUGGGAGGAGGAGGU